AUUACUUUGGGCGGCGACUGGAGACGCGAGGGCGAGACGCUCUCUCCUCUUUUCAUACGGCUCCUAGUUGGAGCCUUUUGACAAACGUGUGAUAGCUACAAUACUGUCCCCUAAUCAAUUACUCUGGGAUCUUCUACCGUCUCCGAUUUCCACCGUCUACUAGAAAGCUCCACUCCGACUUCGAAUGCAACUCCAUAAUAGCGACCGGCUCUGCACAGAUAAUACCUAUCUACGUUAAAACCAAGAUUUUUUGUUGGAUUGGAAUCUUUUAACAUGCUUCUAAUACGAUGUUGGGUGAUCAGAGUGUUAAAAGAUUCCACUCCAACGGUGUUUGUACCUUCCAUCUCGUCGUCCAGGAAUUUGGCUUAACCAGAGAGAACAAAGAAGAGUUUCAACGGUUCAAAUUGGUCGUAGUCAUCGCGUCCUCCACGUUUUCCCAGCUUAAAAUCUCUUUGAUUCGACGUUUUUUGACACUUUGAAUCCAUGUAAAGCUUGCUUUCCUGAAUAUAUUCGCCACCGAGAGGUAUGGAUUAAAAAAAACGAAAUUCUCUGGACUCAUGUUAUAAAUAUCCUAUAUUCUUAUUCUUAUCCACACUAUAUAAGAAGGGAAAUUAUUAUUAUUUACUACAUAAAUAUCUCCUACUUCUCAUUAAAGAUUUGGAGACAUAAAGUUUGUUAAAAGAUCGAACCACCCCUUUCUCUCUCUGCUUACACUUUGGUCGAGAAUGUCGACUAUUACACUUGAACCCUUCUUCCACCAGCGUUGCAGAGAAAGGUUGAUAUUUCGUCUGAAACCGAAGAAAGUAAAACCAUCUCGUUUGGGUUUCUCUCCCACCAAGCCGUUUUGCCACGGCAGGAACUUCUGCAACUUCAAACCUCUCAGGGUUCAUCCAGUUAGAGCUGGCAAUACUGAUACUGCUCUCAUGGACGCUUCUGAAGCGGCAGACGUCUUCUUUAAGAAGACCUUUCGGUUGAACCGAACCCAAACGCUGGAAGGUAGGAUCUCGGUGAAGUUGGAUCCAGGGAAAGAUAGAGAGAAUUGGAAACUUACAGUCGGAUGUAAUCUUCCUGGGACGUGGGUCUUGCAUUGGGGUGUCAACUAUAUCGAUGACGUUGGCAGUGAAUGGGAUCAACCUCCGCCUGAGAUGGUACCCCCUGGAUCUAUUUCCAUUAAGGAUUAUGCAAUAGAGACACCCUUGAAGAAAUCAUCAUCUGCUUCAGAAGGAGAAACAUUCCACGAAGUGAAGAUCAAUUUUAACCGUAACAGUUCUAUUGCAGCGAUAAAUUUUGUUUUGAAGGAUGAGGAAACUGGAGCUUGGUGUCAGCACAGAGGAAGAGAUUUCAAGGUGCCUCUCACUGAUUACCUUCAUGAAGAUUCCAAUCUUAUGGGUACAAUAAAGAGCUUUGGUAUAUGGCCAGGAGCUUUGGGCCAAAUAUCUAACAUUCUUCUCAAGUCAGAGAAACCUAAGGGUGAGGAAGAUACUGGUGAAACAAAUGAAACUAAGAAGCAGAAUAAGUGUCAGGAARGAUUCUAUGAGGAACAUUCUAUCUUCAAAGAAGUUCCUGUUCAGAACUCUUUGACUGUUUCUGUUAGAAAAUGCCCUGAGAAGGAUAAGAAUCUUGUUCAUUUAGAUACCGAUCUACCUGGGGAUGUUAUUGUUCACUGGGGUGUUUGCAGAGAUAAUGACAAAAAGUGGGAAAUUCCAGCAGCUCCACAUCCACCUGAAACUCAAAUUUUCAAGAGAAAGGCUUUGCGAACCUUGUUACAGCCAAAAGAAGAUGGGCAUGGAUGUCUGGGACUAUUCUCUUUGGAUAAGGAAUUUACAGGUUUCCUUUUUGUGCUGAAACUAAAUGAGAACACUUGGCUGAAUGAUAUGGGGAAUGACUUUUAUGCUCCACUUCCAAAAGCCAAUGACUCUCUUGUGCAAAACACUCGGGUUCAAACUGAAGUUAUUAAUGAAGGGUCUGAACCAAGUACAGCAGGCAUAUCUGAAAAAACAACAGAGGCUGAUAAGGUUGUUGUUCAGGGUGGUUAUACUGAUGGUAUUAUCACUGAAAUAAGAAAUCUGGUAAGUGAUAUCUCCGCUGAAAAGAGUCUCAAAACAAAAACCAAAGAAACACAGGAAAGCAUACUUCAAGAAAUUGAAAAGUUAGCUGCUGAAGCCUAUAGUAUCUUCAGAAGCUCUACUCCAACAUUUUCAGAGGAGGAAAUUUUAGAAGCUGAGAGAUUGAAGCCUUCUCUAAGGAUAUGCCCAGGAACAGGCUCAGGAUAUGAAAUACUAUGCCAAGGAUUUAACUGGGAAUCUCAUAAAUCUGGAAGAUGGUACAUGGAGCUCAGUGAAAAAGCCACCGAACUAUCUUCACUUGGUUUCACUAUAAUAUGGUUACCACCACCAACUGAAUCCGUUUCCCCACAUGGUUACAUGCCAAAGGAUUUAUACAACCUAAACUCCAGAUAUGGAAGUAUGGAGGAAUUAAAAUUAGUUGUGAAGAAUUUCCAUGAAGUUGGCAUCAAAGUUCUUGGUGAUGUUGUCUUAAACCACCGCUGUGCCCACUACCAAAAUAAAAAUGGAGUUUGGAAUAUUUUUGGUGGUAAGUUGAAUUGGGAUGACCGUGCUGUGGUUUCAGAUGAUCCGCAUUUCCAGGGCAGGGGAAACAAGAGUAAUGGGGAUAACUUCCAUGCUGCUCCAAACAUUGAUCAUUCACAAGAAUUUGUGAGGAACGAUCUGAAAGAGUGGCUUUGCUGGCUGAGAAAAGAAAUUGGGUAUGAUGGAUGGAGACUUGAUUUUGUACGAGGAUUCUGGGGUGGUUAUGUCAAAGACUACUUGGAAGCAAGUGAACCCUACUUUGCAGUAGGCGAAUACUGGGAUUCUCUUGGUUAUACAUAUGGUGAAAUGGAUUACAAUCAAGAUGGGCAUAGGCAGAGGAUUAUUGACUGGAUCAACGCUACUAAUGGAACUGCUGGGGCCUUUGAUGUCACUACAAAAGGAAUCCUUCAUUCUGCUCUGGAAAGGUGUGAGUACUGGAGAUUAUCAGAUCAAAAGGGAAAACCACCUGGGGUUAUUGGGUGGUGGCCAUCGCGUGCAAUUACCUUCAUAGAAAACCAUGAUACAGGUUCUACGCAGGGUCAUUGGAGAUUCCCAAGUGGAAAGGAGAUGCAAGGGUAUGCCUACAUCUUGACUCACCCAGGAACACCAGCAGUCUUCUAUGAUCACAUUUUCUCUCACUAUCAUUCUGAAAUUUCAACGCUCAUCUCCCUGAGACACCGCACCGAGAUCAACUGCAGGAGUAAAGUUCAAAUAACCAAGGCUGAACGAGAUGUGUAUGCGGCUAUCAUUGAUGACAAAGUAGCAAUGAAGAUUGGACCUGGUUAUUAUGAGCCUCCUGGUGGUUCCGGGAGGUGGGUUUUGGCCAUUGAGGGGAAAGAUUACAAGGUUUGGGAAGCAGCAUGAAAUUAAUGUCCGCAAAGUGAGCUGAAGCAACACCACGGAAUAUAAUGAUGAUAUGGGUGUCAAUUGCGCAAUAUCCCACAACCGAUACUGAAGUUUUGCUGAUGUGAGGGGGGGAAUUAAAAUAAGAGCUGAUUUAUUGAGCCAAUUUUUCAUUUAAAGGAGCAGUUUGGUUCCUAAAAAUAAUUGUAGUGUAAAUUGCACGGAUUCAGGACUGGGAAAGAGAAAUUUUUUGGGGUCUUACAUUGAUGCCAUUAUUUUCACACUGUAAAAAUUGUGGAAAAUUCUCUAAAACUAAAGAUUACUUCAAUGUAUUGUGGACAUUUUUUCGUCCCUGUAAAUGAAUGGUUGUCAACAUGAUAA